AUGAUACUAGAUUCUAGUGCUAUCUUACAGGUAUGUUUAACAAUAGAUUAUACAAUAUAUGGUAUGAUACUAGAUUCUAGUGCUAUUCUACAGGUAUUUUUAACAAUAGAUUAUACUAUAUAUGGUAUGGUGAUACUAGAUUCUAGUACUAUACUACAGGUAUGUUUAACAAUAGAUUAUACUAUAUAUGGUAUGAUACUAGAUUCUAGUGCUGUCCUACAGGUAUUUUUAACAAUAGAUUAUACUAUAUAUGGUAUGAUAUUAGAUUCUAGUGCUAUUCUACAGGUAUGUUUAACAAUAGAUUAUACUAUAUAUGGUAUGGUGAUACUAGAUUCUAGUGCUAUACUACCGGUAUGUUUAACAAUAGAUUAUACUAUAUAUGGUAUGAUAUUAGAUUCUAGUGCUAUUCUACAGGUAUGUUUAACAAUAGAUUAUACUACAUAUGAUAUGAUACUAGAUUCUAGUGCUAUACUACAGGUAUGUUUAACAGUAGAUUAUACUAUAUAUGGUAUGAUACUAGAUUCUAGUGCUAUUCUACAGGUAUGUUUAACAAUAGGUUAUGCUAUAUAUGGUAUGAUGAUACUAGAUUCUAGUGCUAUCUUACAGGUAUGUUUAACAAUAGAUUAUACAAUAUAUGGUAUGAUACUAGAUUCUAGUGCUAUUCUACAGGUAUUUUUAACAAUAGAUUAUACUAUAUAUGGUAUGGUGAAACUAGAUUCUAGUACUAUACUACAGGUAUGUUUAACAAUAGAUUAUUCUAUAUAUGGUAUGAUACUAGAUUCUAGUGCUAUACUACAGGUAUGUUUAACAAUAGAUUAUACUAUAUAUGGUAUGGUGAUACUAGAUUCUAGUGCUAUUCUACAGGUAUGUUUAACAAUAGAUUAUACUAUAUAUGAUAUAAUACUAGAUUCUAGUGCUAAGCUACUGGUAUGUUUAACAGUAGAUUAUACUAUAUAUGGUAUGAUGACACUAGAUCCUCGAGAUAAGAAAAAGUAUCGAAGAGUAUAG